GGUCCUGGCCUUGACCGAGGGAAACCGUGUGCUAUGGACGCCGAAAACUAGGACGAUAUGCAAUUACAAACCAAAGCGCGUGGUUAUUGACUUGGGAAUCUGCAUAUACUCGCUCUGGUUGCUGGCACUCAUCGGCCUUUUCAAGUGAAUCGUCUUUCUCAGUCCUCCCUUGCUGACUAUCUGGGUGGAGUGAGAGAAAGGUAGAAAGAGUGUGUGCGAGCGAGAGUGAGAUCCGUUUCAUCGCGGCGCAGACAGAAACCGCCGCCAAGUAUAAAGGUGAAUUUUUUUGCUCCGUAUGCGAGACAGCGAUUUUCAGCCAAUUCUUGUCGCUAGAAUUCUAUGUCUCAUCACCAUUCAGGAACAUUACUACUCAGAUUGAAGCUUUCUGGAGCAAUAUUCAAACCUCCGCAGCACUAACUGAACCAAUAUCCCUUGGAUUCGAAACUGAAGAUACAUUUGGCCGGGAAUUCUAACAUCAUCCGCAGGUGUUUUAAAUCCCUAAUACCAUGGCUAGCGGCAAAGACAUCAUCACGCACACCCUGGGCACGAAAUCCCCCAAGGGCACCGCAGAUAGGAAGAAGCGCAAGCGUCCCUCAAAGAAGGUCCCCACCACUGUAGUCGAAGCAACCUGCACCGAUUUCAUGGACCUGGUGCUAAAACUGACAGGUGCAGAAGAAGAGAGAAGGGGAAAAUCCGUUUCUGACCCUCCGCCAAGCAUCUCUCCUGCUCCUCCUCCUCCCACCGCCAACGUCCAACAAGGCAACCCCCGAACCUCUCAGACAUACUUCCAAGACCUUCUCCGCAGCAAAACCGCAUUGGGCAAAGUUGACCUCGAUGAAGGUUCCUUUUCCCCUAGAAACAAUUAUACUUCUGCGCCAAACUCCAACUAUGCGAUGCGAAGCCUGGAUCAUUACGACCAGCAACCCGAGACAUUUGGACAGUACAACAGCUACCGCAAAUUUUCGCCUACCAACUGACGAGACGCCGAAGAGGAGAAUCUGAAUUGGUUCGGUUCCCGCUCUGAAUCGUUCAAGGAAUCCUCGAGGGCUCCACCGAAUGAGAUUUCGUCAACGUCUUCGCAGACAAAGCGAGACAAAGCGGGUCCUUCGAGUUACUGAUUCUCGAUGGACCACAUGCCUCAAAGGCGCGCUUGAGUAGAUUGGAUGAGGAAGCAAAACAUUUGCAUUGUACAUACUCAUGCCGGACUCGUCUUAUACGAUUAUUGUAUAGUUUAAGAGAUUAUGGAGGAAACGCAACUGAGGCUUGUUUGAACCGACAAUUUAGUUGUUGUCUAUGCAUGGUUCAUCGAUUUGGCUUCGACAGAUGCUAGUUUCCUCAGUUAAUCCAAGUUCAUCUGCAGCUUUUGUUAUAAUCGCUGAUAUGAUAUCAGAAGGUCCUGUGGCUCCGUUUCAGUAAGAUAAACACAGGCUUCGAAGAACCUACAGGCUGCACCUUCCUUCCAAUGUUUGAUACUCAUAGUAUUGGGUUUCUCUGAUAUGGUUCGCAUACAGAGAAACUAAGUUCAGAAAAGCGGCAUUUAAUGGAGUUUCCAAACAAAGGUUUCCCAAAUUAGUACCUGAUUAUCGUUAGGAUCAUUUUGUUAGGACACACAAUCCUUUAAAACCCUUGCCUAGUUUUAUAUUCUUUUGAUUCUCAUGUGAUGAAUCAAAGUCUUUUUUCUAUGACACUGUAUGAGCAAGGGUCAAAGCAUUUACCUGUCUUUUUCCAUUUA